AUGUUCAAUAACGCCGCCGUCAUCCACCGCAACCGGACCCGGAUCACGGACGUCGACGCUGCUGACUUCGCCCGGGUGCUGAGCGUCAACCUCGCCGGGGUGUUCCUGGGGAUAAAGCACGCGUUGCGGGGGCAGCAUCAUCAACAAUGGGAGCGUGGCGGCGGUGGUGGGCGGGGUGGCGUCGCACGCAUACAUCACGUCGAAGAGCGCCGCGGCCGAGGACGGCCAGCACGCUCAUCGGCGGGAUGGCCAACCUCAAGGGGCCGGUGCUGCGACGCCGCCGUCUACCUGGGGAGCGACGAGUCCGGGUUCGUCAGCGGCCACCACCUCGUCAUCGACAGCGCGUUCACCACCGUCAACAACGGUUUUGGUCUCUUCAAGCAGUGA